AUGAGGCACGACCUAACGAUGGCGAGUCUGUCACUGAAAGUGGCUGUACUCGAAGGAAAAGCCACGAAGACGAUCCGAUUCGACCCGAACAUCCAAGUCUUCGAUGCCUGCCGGAUCGUCCGGGAAAAAUUUCCAGAGAGUAAACUCGGAGACCCGAGAGAAUGCGGUCUUUUCCUGGUGAACGAGGAUCCGAAGAAAGGCGGCGUAUGGCUCGAGAACAGCAAAACACUCGGAUACUAUCUCCUUAAAACCGGGGACCUCGUGGAAUACCGCAAGAAGAUGCGGAACCUCCGGAUUGGUUUACUCGACGGGACCGUGAAAACUGUUCUCGUGGAUGACUCGCAGCCAGUUGCCAACAUGAUGGUCGUGAUCUGCUCGAAAAUUGGUAUCACGAAUCACGACGAGUUUGCGCUAGUGAGAGAGGUGCCGAAAGAGCCCCGAGAGGAUGAGCUCAUCGAGAAAGAGAAGACCGGCACGCUGACUUUGAGGCGGAAGGAUAAGAUGCAGACGCUGAAGAAAAAAUUGAAAACCGACGACGACCUCAAUUGGGUCGAUCACUGCAAAACGCUACGGGAACUCGGCGUCACGGAUGAAGAAAAGCUGACGUUACGUCGAAAAUACUUCUUCAGUGAUUCGAACGUAGACUCGAGAGAUCCCGUGCAACUGAACUUGAUCUACGCUCAAGCGAGGGAUGCCAUCCUGAACACGACUCAUCCUGUCACCGUAGACGAAGCAUGUGAAUUCGCCGGUCUCCAAUGUCAAAUUCAGUUCGGCGACUACGUCGAAGGAAAACACAAGGCCGGCUUCAUCGAGCUCAAGGAGUUUCUCCCUAAAACCUUCACCAAGAUCAAAGGAAUUGACAGACGAGUUUUUGGCUGUCACGCAACCUACAAGGGCUUGAGCGAAGUCGAUGCCAAGGUCAGCUACGUCCACAGGGCGCGUUCCUUACGGACCUACGGAGUCACAUUCUUCCUUGUGAAGGAGAAAAUGAAAGGCAAAAACAAACUCGUACCUCGUCUGCUCGGUAUCACGAAGGAGUCGGUGAUGCGUUUGGACGAACGCACAAAAGAAAUCAUCAAAGUUUGGCCGCUGACAACCGUGAAACGUUGGGCCGCAUCGCCGAACAGUUUCACUCUGGACUUCGGAGACUAUUCCGAUUCGUACUACUCGGUCAAAACCCAGGAGGGAGAGCAGAUCGCUCAGCUGAUCGCAGGAUAUAUCGAUAUAAUCCUCAAGAGACAGAAAGCCAAGGAUCAUAUUGGUAUCCAGGGCGAUGACGGCUCGAAGAUCGUCGAAGAUUCCGUCACGCCCGCGAAAGCGAGUACCAUCCAGCUCACGCCCGCUGUUCAACCGGUUCAGGUCGAAACUCAGAACAUCGCGAUUCCAUCCGUUGUCCGACCGAGCCCCGAAUCGGAGAAGAUCGGUCUCCCUGGCCACGUUCCCGUAUCGAAACACAAGACGGAAACUGGAACUCUGGCUCAAGGCCAACGUGUACAAAUUCCACCCCAACAGGCUCACGUUGCAACCCUGAUCGAGUCUCCCCAGCAAGCGAUCAUCACAGAGGCUAUCAAGAAGUCUUUCGAUCAUCUGAACCGACCGAUCGUAUACGUGGAUUUGGGCAAAGACUCCGGCGCCACAAAAUGGAAAGAAUGUCAAUUGGACACCCACAAGCAGAAUAUCCAAACGCAUAUCGCCGCGAUGAACGCCGCGACCGCGCACGUCGUCACGCUCGCCUCUCAGGCCGAAAUGGAUCCCCCAGCUGUGUCGAAGGCCAUCAAUGUUAUCACCACGACACUGCCCGAGAUGACGAAACAUGUCGCCACGAUGGCCACCCUUAUCGAAGACGCUCGAGACCGCGGGGACCUGAUCGAUGCAACCCGCAAAAUGUGCAAAGCCUUCAGCGAUCUCCUCAACGCGGCUGAACCGAUCGGACCGCCCCAACCGCAGAAACUCAUCGUUGCGGCUGCGGAUGUCGCAGAGAAGACGAAAGCUGUUCUGCACACGAUCGCCGAAGAACCCGAGUGGGAUACUCAGACGGCCGAGCUGCUGCUGGCCCUGGCGAAGGGUGUCGCGAACGCCGCUGCGGCUCUCGUCCUCAAAGCCAAGGACGUCGCCAGCCAGACGACGGAUCAGGAACUCCAGAACCGAAUCAUCCAGGCCGCCACGCAGGGCGCCUCGGCCACAUCUCAGCUGGUGUCCAGCACCAAAGUUCUCGCGCCGACGAUCGCGGAUGCUGCAUGCCAAACCGAACUCGAGAAUGCCAGUAAAGAAGUAUCGAGGACUGUGGACAACAUCGUCUUCGUUUGUCAAGAUGCCACCGACGACCCGAAACUCCUGCAGAGCCUGAAGGACGCCGCCCGUCAGGUGGCCAACUCUCUGCAGGACCUGUUGAGCCAAGUGAAGGACAUUAGCGUUCGCGCUAAGGAAACUCGUGAGGGUCAUCCGGGUCCCGUCACCACAAUCCUCGAUGCGACAGACCGUCUGUUCGACUCGAGUGGAGAUACCACCGAAAUGUUCAGGCAGGCGAAAAUUCUCGCGGCGGCCACCGCCCAGCUGGUCAAGGGAAUCGAAGGAGAUGCCGAACAGCAGUCCGACAUUGGACAGCAGAAGAAACUUCUGCACGCAGCCGUGGUUCUCACUGACGCGACAUCUCGGAUGAUCGAAGCCGCCAAGGGCUGCGCCGGGAGACCGAACGAUUGCGAAUCGCAGGCGUUGUUACGGAAGGCCGCGGAGGAUAUCCGCGUCGCCACGGACGCCGCCAGUGGGAACGCAGUUCAACGAAGAGUCAUCCAGAGACUGGAGAGCUCCGCCAAGCAAGUCGCAGCGGCCGCUCGCCAGAACAUCUCCGCUGCCCACAGCGCUGUGCCUCUGUCGUCGAAUGAGCAGUUGAGCCUGCAGUUGACGGAACAAGUGCGUGAGGUUGAGGGCGUUCUACCGCGGCUGACUCAGGGCGUCAAAGCCACUCAAACGUCGUCGACACUCGACUCGCACCUCGAGCUCAUCUAUGCGUGUGAAGACGUGACCCGACCGUGUGAAGCGCUGGCGUCGACAUCGAAGAAACUCGCCGCGACCAUCACCGAGACCACGACGUCUCAACUGUUGCACACGAGAGCCAUGGAGAUGACGUCGUCGCUCACCGAAAUCCGCACCUGCAUCACCAAAGCCAGGACGGUGUGCGGUCAGAGGGUCGAGGAUCUCUCCGGACCCAUAUCGACGAUCGACGGACUCCAACGCGACCUCCGCGAAUAUCGUCACGCUUCUCAGAUGCACGACCUCCGACCCCUUCCGGGAGAGAAUACCGAGGUGUGCUCGUUGAAACUCGGAGCCACUUCCAAAGUCGUCGGUUCGUCGCUAGCCCAGAUCCUGACCGCGGCAUCGCAAGGCGACAAGGACUACCUGCUCGUGGCGGCUCGGGACACGGCCAACGCCCUGAAAGAUUUCGUCUCGGCCGUUCGAGGAGUUGCGGCGUGCAGCGACGAACAGGAUUCGCAGCUCGGCGUGAUCGACAACGCCGCCGUGGUCGUGAUGCGAGCCAGAGAUCUAAUCACGGCCUCGCAGGACGUCGUCAGCAAUCCGCGAAACCCCGACAACCAACAACGACUCACCCAGGUGGGCAAGCAGGUGUCGACCUCGCUCACCAGCUGCAUCAGCAUCCUGCCCGGCCAGAAGGCGGUCGACGAUACGAUCGACGCCAUCAAGGAGUCGACGCAGACCCUGAACGAGGGUUCGUACCCCAUGACCUCGCGGACAUACGGCGAUCUCCAGAACGACCUGCACAACGCUGCGGAACGUCUCCAGAAGUCCACCGAUAACGUGGUGGACUCCGCGCGGGCGUCGUCGUCGAAACUCACGACGUCCGUCCGACGUUUCGGGUCGGACUUCAACAAUUUGUUCGACGUCGGUCUUCAGCUCGCCGGCCAGACCCAGAACACCGACGUCCAUCCUCGAAUCACGAACGCUCUACGCAACGUUUCGAUCUCGUCGUCGAAGCUGCUCGUGGUGUCGAAGUCUUCGGCAGCCGACCCGUGCGCCUCGGCGAGGAACCAGCUGAUUGCGGCGGGUCGCGCCGUCGUCGAUUCGAUCAAUCAGCUGAUCGAAGUCUGUUCGUCCUCGGCCCCCGGUCAGACCGAAUGCGAUAACGCCAUACGUGCGAUCCAAAGUGCCAAGAGCCAUCUGGAACAAGCCAGCGAACCCAUCUCAGACCUCAGUUAUUAUGAAUGCCUAGAUGUAAUUAUGGACAGGAGUAAAAUGCUCGGCGACGGUAUGGCCGGAAUCACCGAUACCGCAAAGCGUAGCCAACACGAAGCUUUCUGCGUGGCCGUGAAGAGGACGUGCACCGCCGUCUGCGGUCUCGUCGAGGCGUCCGCUCAGGCCGCAUACCUCAUAGGAGCCUCGGACCCGAGCUCCGUCUCCGGUCGGGCGGGCGUCGUCGAUGCCGCGCAGUUCGCCAGGGCCUUGCACGCGAUCGAGGAGGCUUGCGCCCAGCUGACAAACCCCCACAGCUCUCAGCAACAGGUGAUCAGCGCCGCCACGGUCAUUGCCAAGCACACGUCGUCCCUGUGCAACGCCUGUCGCAUGGCCUCCGGCAAGGCCAGCAACGCGGUCACGAAGAACCAGUUCCUGCAGAGUAUGAAGGACGUUGCUGGAGCUACGUCGGCUCUUGUCAGUGGGAUCAAAGCGCUCGACAAGGAUCCGACCGAUGCCAACAGGAGGAUUUGCAAUCAAGCGACGAAACCGCUCAUCACAGCGGUAGAGAACUUGACAGCGUUCGCGAGCUCCCCCGAGUUCGCGACGGUGCCCGCCCGUCUCUCGGACAAAGCCAUUCUCGCGCAACAACCCAUUCUCGGCACCGCUCGAAACAUCGUCGCCGGUUCCUGCAACCUCAUCGGUCACUCGAAAGAUCUGGCCAUAAAUCCCAAGGACCCACCCGUGUGGCAGGGAUUCUCGAACGAGAGCCGUACCGUUUCCGACUCGAUCAAGAAACUGGUCACCGUCAUCAAGGAGAGCGCUCCCGGACAACGGGAAUGCGACCACGGCAUCGAGAAGCUCAACGGCUGUAUCAGAACACUGGAUCAGGCGUCUAUCGCCAUUCUGGGCCAGACGGGAUCGUUGCCCUCGCCUCAGCAUGACCUAAGAACCUGCCAGGAGCAGAUCGAACACUCCUGCCAAGCGAUCCGGGAGAGCCUGGAACCACUGCGUGUUGCCGCCAAAUGCCAGGCCGAACAGCUGGGCCACUGCGUACUCCAAUUGGUCUCGUACUUCAACACUCUCGUGCAGAAUACGGUCGAAGCCGCCGGACGUAUCAUGAGUAACAAACAGCAGAUGCUGCUCAUCGAUCAGACCAAAACCGUCUGCGAGGCCGCCGUGCAAUUCCUCUACACCGCGAAGGAGUGUGGCGGGAACCCGAAGGCUCCCGACAUGUUGCACAACGACAUCGACGAGGGCGCUGACGCCACAAAGGACGCUGUGAAUGAUCUUCUUCAAACGCUCGAAAGAUCGGCCGCCGAAGCCGGUUUCGUGAGCGGAGUCCUCGAGAAUCUGAACAACGCGAUCGCUCAACUCGAUCAGCCCGUGGUGGUGACCCAACACGAAAUUUCGUUCGCUGACGUGCAGACCGAAAUGGUCAAGAACGCCAAAGAAAUCGCCAGAGUCUCCCAAGACAUGGUGAUCAAGUCUUCGAGCGAUCCCCGUCAGCUCUCGCAUCUCGCCAGCGAGCUCAGUCACCAUUACGCCACCCUUGUCACCAUAAGCAGGACCGCAAUUUCCGUCACUUCGAACAGUGAGCUUGCCUAUCGCAUCCGAAUGGGAGUGCACGAGCUCGGCAAGUCGUGCGUCACUUUGAGUAAAUCCUGCGGAACAGCUCAAGCUAAUCCGGGAGAUUCGCACGCGCAACGGGAACUGUCCGAUUCGGCUAAAAUCGUCUCGGAGAAGGUGUCCGUAAUUCUCGGCGCCCUCAGAGCCGGUUCCACGGGAACGCAAGCGUGCAUCAACGCUGCUUCGACUGUGAGCGGGAUCAUUGGCGACCUCGACACGACAAUAAUGUUUGCGACGGCCGGCUCAUUGAACCCGGAGCACGACGGAGACAAAUUCGGCGACCAUCGCGAAAGCAUUCUCAGGACCGCCAAGGCCCUGGUCGACGACACCAAGACCUUGGUCGCGGGAGCCGCUUCCAGCCAAGAGCAGUUAGCUGUUGCAGCGCAAAAUGCGGUGCAGACAAUUGUGCACUUGGCCGACGUUCUCAAACAGGGAGCCGCUUCUCUCGGACCUCAGAAUCAAGAAGCGCAGGUUAUGCUGCUCAAAGCCGUCAAGGAUGUGGCCCUAGCUCUCGCUGACUUGAUCCAGGCUACGAAAGUGGCUUCUGGAAAGAGUAUUAACGAUCCGUCCAUGCUUUACCUCAAGGACUCCGCUAAGACGAUGGUGACAAACGUGGCUGCGUUGCUUAAGACGGUUCGAGCAAUCGAAGAUGAGAAUUCACGUGGCGCGAGAGCCCUCGAGGCGACGAGUGAAGCCAUCUACCAAGAGAUCAAGAAUUUCGACAGUCAAAACUUCAGUGGGCUUCCCGAGGUCACACCCGAAGCGCUCGUGAGGUCCACGAAGCCUGUGACUUUGGCCACCGCGAAGGCCGUCGUCGCAGGCACGUCUUGCAAGCAAGACGAUGCCAUUGUUUCUGCCAAUAUGGGACGCAAAGCUAUCGCAGACAUGCUCCAAACAUGCAAGGCCGCUUCGCUUCUGGCCGAUAACCCCGAGCUCAGGGCUCGAGUUCUGAAAUCCGGUCGGGAUUGUGCGAUCCGAUACCGCGAACAGCUCCAGCUGCUUCUACAGGUGAUGGAAGGCCGACCGACCGAUGGGAAGCAACGCUUGGUGGAGGGCUCGAGAGCCAUCGCCACCGCCGUAGCCGAAAUCGUCAGCGCCGCUGAAGCUCUCAAGGGGAACGACUUCAUCGAUCCCGAAGAUCCGACCGUCAUCGCCGAAACCGAGCUCCUCGGUGCAGCUGCCUCGAUCGAAGCAGCCGCCCAGAAGCUGGCCAAUCUCCGGCCGAGGGAAAUUACGGUUCAGGUUGCCGACGAAAAUUUGAACUUCGACGCGCUCAUCCUAGAAGCUGCCAAAUCCAUCACAGCUGCCACAGCUGCUUUGAUCAAAGCAGCUGCGAUGGCACAGCGGGAACUUGUUGCAGCAGGAAUGGUCAGUGGUCAACCGCGCUACCAUUCGGAGGACGGCCAAUGGUCCGAAGGCCUCAUUUCGGCAGCACGACUCGUUGCGGCCGCGACGCACAGUCUCGUCGAGGCAGCCAACGCACUCGUCCACGGAGAGGCUUCGGAAGAGAGGCUCAUCUCUUCUGCUAAGCAGGUUGCGAGUUCUACAGCUCAGUUGCUGGUGGCAUGCAAAGUCAAGUCAUCGCCAGACUCACCGACCAUGAAAAGACUUCAGGCUGCUGGAAAUGCCGUCAAACAAGCUACUGAGAGCCUGGUCCGAGCCGCGAGGCAGUCCGUAGAGCAGACGGAAGAGUUCCAGCUGGUCAUCAACAAACGUAUGGUCGGUGGCAUCGCUCAGGAGAUCGUCUUCCGCGAGGAUAUUCUGCGAAAAGAACGUGAACUCGAAACCGCUCGUGAGAAAUUUGCUCAGCUCCGACGUGCCAAGUACGGAAAUCGGCAGCACACUGAACAAAUCGAGAGCCCCAGUACCUCUCAGCAGCAAGGAGGAGGUACCCAAGGAUACGCGGCUUCUGAGACGUACAGCGCCUACACAUACCACUCGAGCGAAUCUUCGUCUCGAUCGACGACGCACAAUCAGUAGUUUCCCUUCACUCGCGAUGGUGAAGACGAGGAUGGUGGUGGUGGUGGACAAAGCGGCCUAGUGCAAUAGUCGUUCUCCCAAAAGCUCUUCCUGACUUCCGCCGCUUGUUAUCUUUGAGGAAGUGGAAAUCCUUGAUUUCAUACCUCGGCCGCCUCGGAGGGACACACUUAACAGUUGGAGGCAUCAUCGUUCCGCAUUCAUCAGCAUCACAUUCAUCAACAACUCAUCGUCCAUGAGACACUUCAACGCAUUUAGGAGCGAGAGGAGCAGACGUACCGGUUCCGG